AUGUCUGGUGGAUUCCCUAUAGACACUCCUAUUCAAGAUUUAGAUGAAGAUGAAGAUGAUUUUUUAGGAGAUGAUUCUGACACAAAUAUCAACACACUACGCGAUGAGUUCAAUUUAGAUGGUGAUUCAAAUCCUCUGAGUGGUAACAAAAACAGCUGGAUAUCUAACGGGAUUGAUAAGCUCAAAAAUGUUUUCUCUAAGGGUUAUGGUAGACUGCCAAAUACAGGUAUAGAGCUUGACAAAUUUAAUGAUACUAAUUACGAUGUGGAUUCAUUCACUGAUCUUGGAAUAGUCAAAGAUGAAGGAUUAACCUGGCUAGAUUUUUUAAAGAAAUACCUUUCGUACCUGCUUAUAUUUGCGUUGCUGGUUACAGUAGUUGUGCUUUCGGUGCUUUUAUCAAGAAAAUCAUCAGGGUCUGAUAAAGUCAUAAGGCAAACGCUAUCAAACGGGACUGAUUUAUUUUAUCCAACUACAAUAUUGAUUUCGCUAGAUGGUUUCCAUCCACACUAUAUUUCAUCAUCAUUGACUCCAACUUUACACAGCUUCUUACAAAAAGGUUAUGGUCCUCCAUAUAUGAUACCAUCAUUCCCAUCAUCAACAUUUCCUAACCAUUGGACAAUUGCAACUGGUUUAUACCCCGAGUCUCAUGGUAUUGUUGGAAAUACAUUUUUUGAUUCAAAUUCACAACGUGAGUUUGUUAAUAUUCUUCCUGACAAAUCCCUUGAUCCUUCUUUCUGGGGUGGAGAACCUAUUUGGUCUACUGCAGAAUCACAAGGUGUUCGCUCUGCUAUUCACAUGUUUCCAGGUAGUGAGGUAAAGUUCAAAAAAGGAAACAAGAAUCCGUCAAUCGUUGAUAGAUUUAACAAGACUGAAACUCUUGAAGUUAAAUCCAAUAGAAUCCUUGAAUGGAUAGACAAAGAUUUCAAGGAAAGACCACAAUUAAUUAUUGGAUACGUUCCAAAUAUUGACACUGUUGGCCAUAAGACAGGAAUAAAAGGAAAGAAGCUAGAGGAAGAGCUUAAGUAUGUCGAUUCAUUUGUCAAAAACUUAACCCAAGGUAUCGCCAAUAGAAAUGCGUCAGAUAUUGUGAAUUUAGUAUUCGUCUCUGAUCACGGUAUGGCACCCACUUCAAAUGAUAGAUUGAUUUAUUUGGAUGACUUGAUUGAUAUCAAGAAAGUCCAGCAUCAUGAUGGGUGGCCUUUGUUUGGAUUGAGACCAAUUCCAAACGUUACUGCCCAAGAACUUCACAAUGAUUUGAAAGCAACUUAUCACGAUAAUUCUGGUUACUCAUUUUAUUUAAGGGAAGACUUACCAAAGGAAUGGAAUUUUGGCGGCAAGAAGGUUAACCAGUAUACCGACAGAAUUGCACCUAUAUGGGUUGUUCCUGAUGUUGGUUAUGCUAUAACAUCUCAUGAUGAUAUGGAAAGAAAAAAUGGUGAAUAUAGCCCAAAGGGUGUGCAUGGUUAUAACAACACAGAAGUGUUGAUGAGAGCUAUCUUUUUGGGCACUGGCCCAUACUUCAAGUCCAAGUUUGAUAAUGUUGAAACUAAAGUUCGCCCUUUUAAAAAUAUUGAAGUUUAUAAUAUAUUAUGUGAAACUUUGAAUCUUAAACCUGCAAUUAACAACGGAUCUACAAAUAUUUUCAGUAUAGAUAAUAAACUUGAGGAGAGCUGGAAAGAUAAAUUUGUUUAUCCAGGUGUCAAUUUUGAUAUUGGUGGUAUUCUGAAACAUGAUCCAACGUAUGAUAAAUUGUUCAGAGUUGAAGAAGCAAAAGAUACCACAACCUUGCAAUCCCCAGCAAAGGCACACAAAACGUCCAAGACAAAUGAUCAUUCAAAACAAGAAAGUAAACAAAAGCCUACUGAUACAGCAAAGGAUGGAGAUCAUACUAAAAAGUCGAAACAAACACCAACACCAACACCAAAACCGAAGGAUGAAAGUAAACACAAAGAACAACCGUCUCACACUGAAAAUACAAAAUCUCAAGAACCAAAACCUUCCAAACAUAAGGGAUUCUUUGAGAACCUCGGCGAGGAUUUUAAAGACUUAGGUGAAGAUUUGAGAGAGGGAAUUGAAGAUAUUGUUGAAGAUGUUGAAGAUGCAUUUGAUAAGUUUACAGGUCAUAAGGAUGAUUAA